CGCUCCCCGGGAGCGCCUGGCGGGGCCGCUGGGCCGAGGGGGCCGCCGGCGGGGCUGGCGGGCGGGGGGCUUCCUGCGGGCCCGGGGGGCGCCGGCGGCCGGCGCGGGCACGGCGGGCCGGGCAGGGGCGAGGGGCGCCGGGUCCUACCCUAGAAGCAGCUGGCACAUCCACGCCUGAAAUGCGGCGCUCAGUCCUGGUCAGGAACCCAGGCCACAAAGGCCUGAGACCGGUUUAUGAAGAGCUCGACUCUGACUCUGAGGACCUGGACCCCAAUCCCGAGGAUCUGGACCCAGUUUCUGAAGACCCAGAGCCUGAUCCAGAAGACCUCAACACUGUCUCGGAAGACGUGGACCCCAACUAUGAAGAUCUGGAGCCCAUCUCCGAGGAUCUGGACCCCGACGCCGAAGCUCUGGGCUCGGAACCCCAAGAUCCCGACCCCAUGUCUUCGAGUUUCGACCUCGAUCCAGAUGUGAUUGGCCCGGUACCCCUGGUUCUCGAUCCUAACAGCGACACCCUCAGCCCCGGCGAUCCAAACGUGGACCCCAUCUCCUCUGACCUCACUGCCACCCCCCAGGUCUUGGCCACCAGCCCCGCGGUGCUCCCCGCCCCCGCCAGCCCUCCCCGGCCCUUCUCCUGCCCGGAUUGCGGGCGAGCCUUCCGCCGCAGCUCGGGGCUGAGCCAGCAUCGCCGCACCCACAGCGGCGAGAAGCCGUACCGCUGCCCCGACUGCGGGAAGUCCUUCAGCCACGGUGCCACCCUGGCGCAGCAUCGUGGCAUUCACACCGGGGCGCGGCCGUACCAGUGCGCGGCCUGCGGGAAGGCCUUCGGCUGGCGCUCCACGCUGCUGAAACAUCGCAGCAGCCACAGCGGGGAGAAGCCGCACCACUGCCCCGUGUGCGGCAAGGCCUUCGGGCAUGGCUCGCUCCUGGCGCAGCACCUGCGCACGCACGGCGGCCCGCGGCCCCACAAGUGCCCGGUGUGCGCCAAGGGCUUUGGCCAGGGCUCGGCGCUGCUGAAACACCUGCGCACACACACAGGCGAGCGGCCUUACCCGUGCCCGCAGUGCGGCAAGGCCUUCGGGCAGAGCUCGGCUCUGCUGCAGCACCAGCGCACGCACACCGCCGAGCGCCCCUACCGCUGUCCGCACUGCGGCAAGGCCUUCGGGCAGAGCUCCAACUUGCAACACCACCUGCGCAUCCACACGGGUGAGCGGCCCUACGCCUGCCCGCACUGCUCUAAGGCCUUCGGGCAGAGCUCAGCGCUGCUCCAGCACCUGCACGUGCAUUCGGGCGAGCGUCCCUAUCGCUGUCAGCUCUGCGGGAAGGCCUUCGGCCAGGCCUCCAGCCUCACCAAGCACAAACGGGUGCAUGAGGGCGCGGCCGCUGCUGCCGCUGCGGCGGCUGCUGCAGCGGCAGCAGCUGCCGCAGGCCUGGGCCUCGCGCCUGGCCUCAGCCCUGUAUCCAUGAUGAGGCCGGGGCAGGUCUCCCUCCGGGAUCCUGAUGCUGUUUCUGUGCUUGGCUCUGGCUUGGGCCUCAGCCCUGGCACCAGCUCUGGCCGCAGCCCUGACCCCGGCUCUGGGCCGGGCACUCCACCCGAUCCCAGCUCCAAACCCCUCCCAGGCUCCAGAUCCACCCCCAGCCCUACUCCUGUGGAAUCGUCUGAUCCCAAGCCUGGGCAGGAUGCUGGUCCUGACCUUGUGCCCAGCCCAGACCCUGAUCCUGUGCCCAGCCCUGACCCCGACACUGUGUCCCACAGUGACCCCUGCUCUCCCUCUGGUGGCACUGUCAGCCCAGCACUCCCUACCGGCGAGAGUCCAGAGGGGAUACAGGAGCAAGGGGCACUGCUGGGGCCUGAUGGCUGAAGGGGACGCCAGCAUCCUUGGGGGCCUGGGGAAAUUGUGUGUUGUGCAGUUAGUAAAAUCCUCCCACUGCCUCCGG